AUGCCUACUUCUCACAGAUGCCUGCAUCUCUUACUGUCGAGCCCUACCCUACCCAGACUGUCAUUGUUUUGUUUGGAUGCUGCUCCACUGAGAUGGCAAUGCGCUUGCUUGAUGUGCAAGAUGGGUGUUUUAAAUUUUAAAAGUUUAAAUUAUAAACUUACUAAUGCUUAUAAAUCAGCCCGCUGCCUGAAAAAAAAAUCAACACUAAAAGGUAAAAACACCAAACUGCACCAUUUUUUGUUUUCGUCGGCUGCCAAUAGUCGGAAGAAUGAUCUGGAAACUUGUCAUUAUCAUUAUCUCCAACAUCUCGUCCGCCUCAUCUUCUGUUCUUUCUCCUCCAGCCAGUUCCCAUCGUUUGGAUUUGUUGCCACCUCUCUUCAACUGGCGAACCAGCAGUAA